GAGGCGAAAGGAAUGGCCGAGCCUUUGGCGAAUGAGCUGGCCAGCGCCGCAGCCCGGGGCGACCUGGAGAGAGUGACUUCUUUGCUGGGGAAGAUCGGCGACGUCAACGCGAGGAAUGGCUUUGGCAGGACGGCGCUGCAGGUGAUGAAGCUGGGCAACCCGGAGAUCGCUCGCCAGCUGCUCCUCCGCGGCGCGGACCCGGACCUGCGCGACUCGGCGGGCUUCUCGGUGCUGCACGACGCGGCGCGCGCGGGCUUCCUGGACACGCUGCAGACUUUGCUGGAGUUCCGGGCCGACGUCAACGCGGAGGACGGCGGGGGCAACCUGCCGCUGCACCUGGCCGCCCAGGAGGGGCACCUGCCCGCCGUGGCCUUCCUGCUCGAGCGCACCGCCGCCGCCCGCCUCGGCCACCGCAACCACCGCGGAGACACCGCCUACGACGUGGCCCGGCUCUACAAGAGGCACGCCGUGGCCAGGCUCCUGGAGGAGGGGCGCCGCCGGGGGGAGCAGGGCCAGGGCGGAGGGGACUGAACGCCCACCCUCUCCCCCCCCCACUCGGACACGCGUCUCCCUCCCCUCUCAAAUGCAGACAUGGGGGUGGUUUGGGUUUCAACGCGAAACCGGCCACGCCAGUAGCAGCAGCAGCAGCAGCAGCAGCAGCAGUUUUCCGUCCCAGAAAGAAGGCCCUUUGCUUUGCUCUCUUCUCUUCACUUACAACUGUCCAGUCCAGGCACUUUAAUUGCCAUUGGCUCAAGGCUACGGGAUGCUCCUAAGGGCCCUUCCACACAACUCUAUUAUAUCCCAGAAUAUCAAGGCAGGAAAUCCCACAUGAUCUGAGUGUGGACACAAGUUCAAAGCAGAUCUUGUAGGAAUGUAUUGCCGAAGGCUUUCAUGGCCGGAAUCACCGAGUUGUUGUAGGUUUUUCGGACUGUAUGGCCAGGUUCCAGAAGCAUUCUCUCCUGACGUUUCGACGGCAUCUGUGGCAAGCAUCCUCAGAGGUUUUGAGGUGUUUACCUUGACAUUGGGGACCUUGACAUUUGGGAGUUGUAGUUGCUGGGAUUGAGUUCUACAAAGAGUAUUCUGAACCCCAAACUUCCAACCUCACCUCUGAUGAUGCUUGCCACAGAUGCAGGCGAAAGGUCAGGAGAGAAUGCUUCUCGAACAUGCUUGCCAUAUAGCCCGAAAAACCUA